AUGCAGAGAAUAUGGAUAGUUAAAGAUGUAAAAGAUGUAAUGGUAGUUAAAGAUGGGGUUUUAGUUGUAUUGGUGGGAGUGAGUGGGUAUGGGAUGGUGGUUGAUGGAAAUUUAGAGGGAUUGAAAAUUGGAGUGGAGUUGCGUAAUCUAAAGGAAAUAAGAGAUGUUUUGGAAAUAGUAGAUAAUAGUAGUAGUGGUGGUGGUAGUGGUGAUAGUAGUGGUUUGAGUGGUGGUGAAGAAGAAGAAGAGGUAUGGCGGGGUUUAGAGCGGUGGUUAAGUAGGGAGGAUAUUGCUUUGGUGAAGGAGAGGUUGAGUGGUGUUAGUAGUGGUGUUAGUAGUGGUGUUAGUAGUGGUGAGGAUAAGGAUAGUGAGGAUGGUGAGGAUAAGGAGAGUGUGGAUAGUGUGGAUGAGAAAGUUAAACGGUUUAAGUUGGCUGAGAAUGAGGGCGUGGUAGGUGGAGAGGAUAGAGAGUGGGAGAUUAUUAAGCAGUGUAUUUUGAAAAAGUAG